AUGCAGGGUCUCAGCCUUAUUGUACUACUUGGUGCUUCGCUUGGUGUCCAGGCCAGCAUCAGCACCAUUUCGGUCUGCACGACUUGCCCUAAUGCCACAUCGACUGUUGACGUCGUCACACGCUCAGAUAUUCCCACAACCUCCUGCACGGGUGCUGCCCUCACUGUUAUCAGCCACGCGACUUCUGCCUCUGCCGGUAACUCGACCGCCUACUCUGGCACGGGAACAAAGCCGACGAGCACAGGCUCUCCUUCAUCGACCGUCGUACCCGUCUCUGGAGGUGAUAGAUUGGCUGGUAGCCUUGGUGGUGCACUGGUUCUCGGUAUGGUGGCUGCAUACGUUAUGUAA